AUGGUUUUUAUAAUCGAUUAUAUCUCCAUUGAAAACAGUUGGUCCACCACUGAGGGGAUGGCACUCAUCACCGACACCCAUGGACAUACGUGGUUCUAUGUGAUGUGGGCUGUUGAUAUUCUUAUAGGUGUUUUCUUCACUCAGUUAUUGUACACCUUCAAAGUUCUUGUCACUCUCGCGAGCAUCGAAGCCCCUCCCGCAAUCUCCCUCCCGCUCGACACCGACAAUCGCAAGGCUGCCGACGUCCUAGGUAUCAGUGAUAGACAACAAUAUGUCACCAGCAGUAUCCGCGGGGCCCUUAAGCACCUGCGUACACAGGCGGGAGUCCUCAGUGCGUGGAGGGGCUUCGGCGCAAGUUUCGCAUAUUGCUUUGCGGUGGGUUCGGUCUCAAAUAUCCUUCACGGCUUUCUGGGGGCGUCCCUGCCGGUGAGUCUAGUUAUCAGCGUGUUAAGUACAUUGUUGCUUGCUAGAUUUUCGUUGGCUGUGACACAUAUCGUUAUCUCCGCCCCCCAGCCUACAUGGUGGAUUAAGCGUGUACUUGCCACACCAUGGUCCAGUGCACGCCAAACGCUGCCCGCAAUGACCCACUUUGCUCUCGCCCAGUGGGCAUCGUAUAAAUUGUUUGCUCUUGCGUCAAGUGGCGAGCCCAGUCUCCCGGUGAAAGUGUCGAUGAUGCUGCUGAGCUUUGCUGUGAAUCUAUUUGUUGUGCUGCCGUUGUGGAUUGUAUUGGUAAGAGUGCAGGCAUCGCUGCUUCCUGAUACCCAAGAGGCGAUCGUUAGCUUUGAUAGGACGUUUGGAAAAGAGGGGAGUGAUGCGUUGAGCUUCAAGGAGGCGGUCAGAAGUUUCAAGUGUAAGGGGUGGCAGAGACUAAUGAUGUUGGUGGGGAAAAUGGUGGUGAUUAUCGCUGGUCUUGCGGCAGUGAUGGCAUUGGCCCGGUUUACGCUUCUAAGUUUUGCUAGGGAUGCAGCUCUUCAGUAG